AUGAUUGAAGCAAUAUAUAUUUCAGACUCAACUAACUCAUUGGUUUAUGAGUACACAACUUCACUAUGCAUCCCAAAAUUUAAAUCAUUAGUUCCCAAAGUUACUUCGUUUAACGAUUCAACAACCACCAAUAAGAUUCCAUUAAAUUCAAAGUUGUACUUAUUUGUGCAUCAUCAUCAGCAGUCAGGGUUGCAGUUUUACUUGUUAUGCAAAGAGAUUGAUAAUGCAAACCCAUUGAUUCCCUCAAUUUUUAUUCAAAGGUUAAUCGAAGUGAUGGAAGAUUACUUUGGGGAUUUGAAUAGUGUCAAGAUCGAAGCAAAUAAUGAAAUCUUAACGUUAUUAUUAUACCAAAUGUUGGACGAUGGCACUCCUUACAUUACAGAUUUCAAUAAGUUGCGAGACUUGGUUAGUUAUAAAUCAUUACUUUCCAAGCUUCUCAGUAGUGCUACCACUGUCGCAUCCAAAGCCACUGGAACGGCAAUGAGCAAUAAAGGUCCCUUAGAUUUGCAUAAAACAAAUAACCAUCAAACAUCCGAUAUUCCUUGGAGAAGAAGCAACGUAAAACAUACAAACAAUGAAAUGUAUGUUGAUGUAAUUGAAACCGUGAAUGUCAUUAUAAAGCCUACAACCAAAAAAGCAAAAAGACAUUUACAACUGGAAAAGCAAAACCAAGGAUUUGACUCUGCCUUUUAUUCUUCAGCAUCUAGCAAAUCGCUAAACCAUGAUAUAGAGAAUCAUUUAAUUAGUGGAUACAUUGACGGUGAAAUCAACUUUUUGAGUCGGUUGACGGGUGUGCCAUCUUUGCAGUUAUCGUUGAAUUCCAUAGGAACAAGCAGAAUAGAGUUGCCAAGUUUACACAGGUGCAUUGAUUUUGAUGUUUGGAACGAAAAAAGAGGGAUAUUGUCGUUUAUUCCACCUGAUGGGAAAUCUACUCUAAUGAGGUAUCAAAUUGAUUUGAACCAAACCAAUCAGUACGGCACGUCUAACAAGCAAUCAAUGUUGAGCAUGAUAAAGUCAACAAGUAUUGAAGCAGAGUUUAUUUGCCAUGAAAAUACUUCCGAUUUUGAAAUUAGAUUAAACUUAUCCCCAUCUAUAUCUAAAAUAGAUUCCCUAAAUGUUGAAAUUGUGUGUGAGCACCCAGAGGAUCAAAUCAAAAUGAACCGUGUUACUCACGGAGACUUUUCAUCAAAAGGAAAUGGAAAAGCGGAAUGGAUUUUACGACAACUAAAACCAAAUGUGUUUUCACCUGUGUUUUAUGGAUCAAUCAUAUCUAAUACAGAGAAUUCCAGCGAUGAAGAGGAAGAAGAAGAGAAAGAAGGAGCAAGAGACGAGAACAACCAAGCUAAACACGAUAAAAAAGUGAGAAUUUCUAAACCAAGUUAUAUAAAACUAAGUUAUAGCCACAAAGGACCAGUUCCAAGUGGAUUGAAGGUCGAUAGCUUAAAGAUAAUUAGUGCAAAAGGGUUAGGCGAUACAGUCAAACCUUACAAAGGUGUCAAGUAUAUGACCAAGUCUGGUAAUUAUAUAGUGAGAUCAUAA